AUGGUAGCUGCGGCGGUGUGCGACGUCGUUCAGGUGGCGGUGAGCUUGGCGUUGAUGGUUGUUGCGAAGGUGAGAUUAAGUUUAGCCAAUGUUUACUUUCUAAAGAUGUUGCCACUACUAUAUGAUGCUGGAUACCAUUUAGACAAUUUUGUAUUAUUAUGCUUACGUUUAGACCAAAUGUUUCAGUUCUGGCAUAUCAAGAGCAAUUCCUUUGGAGGCUGGCUCCGCUCAAAGAUUGAGUGCAUGAGGUGUGGAGGCAAAUAUGAGAAGUAUGAAAGAAUGAUGGACCUUAUAGUUGAGAUAUAUGGUGAUGUUGUAACUCUGGAAGAGGCUCUAAAACAAUGCUCACGCACUGAGGUGUUAGAUGGUGAAAACAAGUACCACUGCAGCAGAUGCAAAUCCUAUGAAAAGGCUAGAAAGAAGAUGAAAGUGCUGGAGGCCCCUAAUGUCCUUACUAUUCCCUUGAAGAGAUAUCAGUCAGGCAAAUUUGGCAAGCUGAAUAAGCCGGUAACAUUUCCUGAAAUUCUGAAUUUGGCCCUAUACAUGAGUGGAACAAGCGACAAGUCACCAAUUUACCAGCUCUAUGGAGUUAUAGUUCAUUUGGAUGCUAAGAAUGCUGCAUUUUCUGGUCACUACAUUUGUUAUGUCAAGAAUUUUCAAAAUAAGUGGUUCAGAGUCGAUGACAGCACGAGAGGGCAUACAUACUUCUUUAUGCUAGGUGAUGACUAUCUGAGUGACAAUUCAUCAUCUCCUCUUUUUUCCGAGGUUGGUACUUGUAGUUCGAGCACAGACAGUAGCCACAGGGAUUCUAUAAGCAUUGACGACUAUUUUGAAAUAUGUGGCGACCCUGGAGGUGUUUGGAGAAAUUCUUCAGAUUCCGACGCAUCUUCCUCAUCCUCUCCUUCUCCCUUGUAUUCAAGGCAUUCACAGUAUGCUGACAUGGAGGCAACUGGAUAUUCGAUCUUCUCAAAAUGCAGAACCAACAGCGAAUGUGCAGGAAUAACCCGGAGCAGAGAUGUUGGGAGUUGUGAAAACAAGGGAAGUGUUCCUUUCUCCCAUCUUAACUUGACUAAACAUUAGUAUUAAGGCGACAAGAACCCAUAGAAUUUAGCAUAGGAUAACCCUUAACUGACAACCUCUAUGACAAAAGCUUGUGUAUUCUAGGCAAGAAAUAAAGAGCUGGAAAGAGUGGGGUUAGGAAGUGGCUGUAUAUUUAUACCCUUUGCCAAUGGCUGUGUUAUGAAACGAGCCUUAGUUUCAUCACUUUCUUCCCCUUGUAGUUGUAACUCUCUAACAUUGUAAAUUGUAAUAUGGAUGGAUAUCCUUCAAUUCCUAUCAAAUAAAUAUAUACUUGGCCACCCUUGUGGAAUUGUUA